AUGGCAACGGAAUGGCACCUUAUGAUAUUGGCCAAAAUUUGGACGGAAUAUUUAGCUCUGACGGCCCCGAUCCUUCCGCCUCCAACUGAAUUGCAAUCAGAAGAAGGCUUAGCUCUUCAUGAAUGGCGAGGAAAAAAAAUUAACUACGGCGAUAAAAAGGAAAUCCUGAAUCCGUUCCGCUCUCGAAUGGCAACGGAAUGGCACCUUAUGAUAUUGGCCAAAAUUUGGACUGAAUAUUUAGCUCUGACGGCCCCGAUCCUUCCGCCUCCAACUGAAUUGCAAUCAGAAGAAGGCUUAGCUCUUCAUGAAUGGCGAGGAGUAGUAGUAAUAAAGACUGUAAUUGAGCAGAAUAGUUUAUCUUGGUUCUUUGGUUAUGAACUAGCUCUUCAGUUCUCGACUUUCUUAUCCAUCACUAGAUCGUAUUACAAAGGAGCAGCUGGUGCACUACUUGUUUAUGACAUAACCAGGAAACAUUACACACAACUCAUACCGAUAAUGCAAAAUAAGACGAUUUUACAUCAGAAGUUGCCUACAUGGACUAAGGCUUUUGGAACUGUGGCUGACUGUGAUGCACUGAGCUUAUGUACAGUCUUGGUGUUCACUCCUGCAUGA